AGCAGUGUCCUGGCUUCCUGCUGCAUGGUUGGAGAAAGAUCUGCCAGCACUGCAAAUGCCCCCGGGAGGAGCACGCAGUGCACUCGGUGCCCGUGGACCUGGAACGCAUCAUGUGUCGGCUAAUCUCAGACUUCCAGCGCCACUCCAUCUCGGACGACGACUCGGGCUGUGCCUCUGAGGAGUAUGCAUGGGUGCCCCCAGGGCUCAAGCCUGAGCAGGUAUACCAGUUUUUCAGCUGCCUCCCAGAAGAUAAGGUCCCUUAUGUGAACAGCUCUGGAGAGAAAUACAGGAUCAAGCAAUUGCUGCACCAGCUUCCACCACACGACAGUGAGGCACAAUACUGCACAGCGCUGGAAGAAGAUGAACAGAAAGAGCUCAGGGCCUUCAGCCAGCAGCGGAAGCGAGAGAACCUGGGACGGGGCACCGUGCGAAUCUUCCCAGUGACCAUCACUGGAGCCAUCUGUGAGGAGUGUGGGAAGCAGAUUGGAGGUGGGGACAUUGCAGUAUUUGCCAGCCGUGCAGGCCUAGGUGCCUGCUGGCACCCUCAAUGCUUCGUGUGUACCACGUGUCGGGAGCUGCUCGUGGACCUCAUCUACUUCUACCAUGCUGGCAAGGUCUACUGUGGUCGUCACCAUGCCGAGCGCCUGCGCCCACGCUGCCAGGCCUGUGAUGAGGUGCGUGCCUCCUGCCCAGGGGCGGGGUGGAGGGGGCAAAGCCAUAGUCAAGCCCUUCUGACAGCCAAAGAUGGCCUGCACCCCCAGAUCAUCUUCUCCCCUGAGUGCACAGAAGCUGAGGGCCGGCACUGGCACAUGGGUCAUUUCUGCUGCUUUGAGUGUGAAGCAUCCUUAGGAGGGCAGCGCUAUGUCAUGCGUCAGAGUCGACCCCACUGCUGCACCUGCUACGAGGCCCGCCACGCGGAGUACUGUGAUGGCUGUGGGGAACAUAUUGGCCUGGAGCAGGGCCAAAUGGCUUACGAGGGCCAGCACUGGCAUGCCUCUGACCGCUGCUUCUGCUGCAGUCGCUGUGGACGCCCCCUGCUGGGCCGCCCCUUCUUGCCCCGCCGUGGCCUAAUCUUCUGCUCGCGCGCCUGCAGCCUCCGGCCUGAGCCCACCGCUCAGGGGCCUGGCCGCCGCAGCUGGAGCGCAGGCACGGUCUCCGCAUCAAUGGCGACCUCCACAGCCUCUUUCUCUGCUGUCGAGGGCGUGUCGGAUCCCAACACCAAAGGCACCAGUACAGAGCCGGCGCCUGCUGCAGGUCCUGAGGAGCCUGCCCGUUUUCAGCGGGGGACCCCACACCGCCACUCCAUGCCCGAGCUGGGGCUUCGCAGUGCCCCUGAGCCCCCUCACCAGCCAGACUCGCGCCCAGAACACAGUGCCUUUGGCCGCCAGAGCGGCCCACGUGUCAGUUUCCGAGACCCUCUGGUAUCUGAGGGAAGCCCACAGAGGACCUUGAGCGUGCCCCCAGCCCAGCGCCGCAGGCCGCGCAGUCCCCCACCCCGGACCUCCAGCCACCGCCGCCGACAGCAUCAGCAUCGACAGCAUCAGCAUCGCCAUCACCGUCGCCUUCCCGGCAGAAGACACCAUCAAUGUGACUUAGGUUCAGGGUCAGAUUCAGGAUCUUGCUCCAGCUCGCCUUCCAGCCCCAGUUCUGAGUCCUCAGAAGAUGACGGAUUCUUCUUGGGGGAACGUAUCCCUCUGCCCCCGCACCUGUGCAGGCCUGUGCCAGCUCAGGACUCUGUGACUGAGACUGCCAAUUCAUCACCCCCACUCCCCCUCGGGGAUCCACGCUGCCCUGGGAUUCCUCGCCAGGCCCGAGACAAGAACUGCAUAGUGGCUUGAAGUCGAGUCAGUUCAGGGGGUGGGGGAGUGGGUUCUGGGUGUCCAUUUUGGAGGCAGAGUAGAUCAGUGUUUCUCAGAGUGCGCAUGUCACCCCACCCUGGGCGACCCAAGGGGCUGCAAAAGCAGAUGCCCAUACUUUAUCCUGGAUUUUGAGCUACAGUGCAAACGUAUUUAAUUGCCAGGGAGGUGCUGAGUUUUGUUUCGCUUUUUUUUUCUUAAAGGGGGGCUGUAGGCCAAAGAAAUUUUAAGGUCCCCUCCCUCCGUUGUGUUUGUACUACUGAAGUAAUAAUUUAAUAUUUUGUUGUAAAAUG